UGAACGGGCGGUGUUCUGCGAAGCCAUGCGAAGCGUCAUGUGUUUGACAGUUAGUGAGAAGUGACAAUUCGCGGGGAUUAAAAAAAAAUGUGGCCGAUAAGAAAGCUUUAAUUAUAAAUUCUCCCAAAAAAAAAAAAAAAAAUAAACGCACUGAAGCGCCUAAUAUGGGAGAAUGGUUGGUCACACGGUUGUGUUUAUGCUGUUCCUACUGGCAGAAUGGCAGAGAGCACUAGCGGAGUUGCCAGUACGCGAUGUUGCAAUAGAUAUAGGUCAAAAUUUAAGUUUGCAUUGCACGAACGAUGAAAGUUCAACGUAUACAAGAGAUUUUCUACCGGUGAUGUGGAUUAGAGAUGGCCGAGAGGAUGGCCAAAUCCAAAGAUCAAAAGUCAAGCCUAAUGGAACACUGGAGCUAGUCAAUGUCACCAAACACGACGCUGGAAAUUAUUCUUGCACAUUAGAUAAUGAUGCGGAUGCUGUGAAAAUUAGUUAUAAUGUACGAGUUAGAACUCCACCGCCGGCUUUACAUAAUGUCUGGGUAAAACCCUCGACUAUUUUGGCCAAUAUCCUUUGGGAAGUUGGAGGAACCGGAGGUUAUCCAAUUAUAGACUUCACUGCCCAGUAUCGCUUAAAAGCGAGCCACGGAGAUGAACCUGAAGAUUGGAAGCCUAUUAUUCCGAAUCACAUUCCUCCAAAUUCUAGGCAAAUAGACGUCUAUCAUUUGGAGCCAAAUACGACAUAUUCGUUUCGAGUUUGGGCAACCAAUGAACUUGGUCCAGGCGAAAUUGUCGAAGUCGAGGGUCACACACAUCACAGCGAUGAAGAAUUGGAAUUGGCAAGACAUCUUUUAGCAGGAGCUGAAAAUUUUGAUACUCGCGUGUGGGUGGCAGCGGUAGGAAUUGUUAUGGGGACUUUAAUGAUUCUUGGUUUUGGAACGUGUUUCCUUCUUUAUCGCGAGUGCAAGGCAUCUUCGCAGCUGGAGGAACAGGAAGUGAUUGAGCUCGUGCCGAAUAUUAUUCUCAAUCCAGGAUUCUUUGACGAGAGGACGGAGCGCAUCCCCCUUGACGAAAACUUUAACAAUCAGACAACGACUCGACUGAACAAUAAUAACGUCGUGCAACCAAGAAGACUCUAGCGAUCGUUUUCUCAUCGUUUAACUGCGAUCUUUCCCGAUAAACGCUCUGAAUUGAAUAUCAAUUUUUCCACAAAAUUCAUAUAAACAAAAAAAAAAAGGAAAGAAAAUGGAAAAAAAACUUGAAUUCUCGUCAUCGAAAGAAGAUGACCAGAAAAAAGAGGUAAAAAUUUUGAAAUUAAUUUUGAUUGAAAAUUACUAAUUCACGAUUUUUAAAAUCAAAUUUUCGAAAAAAAUUUCGAAUUUUAAACGUUGAAUUCGAAAAAGUGGAUUUACAAUAUUCAGAGAGAAAUGUUUAUUACUUCAUGCAAGUUCGUAAAAUAUAAACGAUUUUGUCGUUGCUCAAUGACAGAGCUUGUCCUGAAAAAAAAAACUUCCCAAGAAGUUGUUAUUUAUAGAAAGACUGUAAACUUCGAUCUCGAUUCUUUCCCCCAUCCCCCUGCCUCCCAAUUUGAUGAGAAAUUCUCACGAUUUUUUGUAAAUGUUGAGAUUUCAAAAUCACUAGAUUUUGACAUAGUGAAGAAUUUUCGUUGGUAAAUGAGAGAAAAAUUUUUUUUUUUUUGAAAAAAAUUUCUCCAAAUUAGAAAUUUUGUGACGAAAAAAGGAGAUUUGUUUGAAAAAACAAAAAUUUCAAUUUUUUUAUUAAAAAUUCGCAUUAAGGUGCGAAAAAAGGUGGAUUCUUUUUUUCAUUUUUGCAAAAAAAAAAUAGACUCGAAGGCUAGAAUUUUAGAGAUCGAUGAACACUCAAGUCGCGAUUACUGCCGUUUUCAAGGUUUGCACAAGGUGUUAUUUAUAAAAACAAAAACAAAAUGUUCAAUCGACAUAGUGCUCAGAUCGUUUUUCAAGAUUUCGUAAAAGUAAUUCAAAGAGGGCUCAAAAAAAAAAAAAAUAGAA